GACGAAAAGGAAUCGUCUCCCCAGGCUGACGAAAUGGGAACUGUAGACAACAUCUACUACGGUGGAGUUAGGUUCGCGGCCAAUGGCAACGCUUCUAACAACGGCAAUGUUUCGAUUGGCCAAUCGGGAGGAAUGGUGGACAACGAUCUUUACGCUUACGCGGGAACAAGCAACGGUGACGUUACGAUUGACCAAUCAGAAGGAAUGGUUGACAACAAUCUUUACGCGGGAACUCCUAACGGCAAUCCUGCAGUUGACCAAUCAGAGGGAACGGUGGAUAAUCAUCUAUAUGCGGGGACUGAUGACAGAUGUAUGGGGUCAAGACAUCAUGGUGGCGAUGACAGCGCCCAAGACAACGUGUAUUACAAUUUAGCACACACGUCUGAGGAAGGCUCUGUGGAGAACGAUAUCUACUGCUGAAAACACGUCAUCGCAAUCUAAUAAUGAUUCUUUCAUUCUAUUCAGUCUAGACUAACCUUUAAUGAUAACUGAAUGUCAAUUGCCAUAUAGACUGUGAACCUAUUAGAAUGCAUUAUGCCGAAAUGAUCUUUGUAGGGAAAACUGCUACAUUUAGAAAGCAUUCAGCAUUCAAGUGAUACACGAUCGACCAAAGCUACAUUUGCAUGCUUUUUAUGAAACUUUAUUCUGCAUUAUCAUCUG